CUCUGAACUCAGAACAGUGACUGACAAAUCUACUGCUUUUAUACUAGCAGGGAAAGCCCCAGAACACUUUUCUGGAGACUGUAAGAAAAGUCCAGAACACUUUUCUGGAGACUGUAAGAAAAGGAGACUGGAGACUGAAUCGUAUCAUAGGGAGUUUAAUUUCAAUUCAUCCAUAAUGCCUCCAGCAUACGGCACGUGUGAACCAAUAGACAACACAAAUCUGAGAGAUCUAUCUAGAUCAUCAUUUUCAAUAGAUCAGAGCACACCCCUCGUUGUUCGACGAAGAGUCACCACAUAUGUUAUUCCUAAGAGGUAUAUAUUCUCCGUGCUGUGUUUUACCGCUUGUUGCAUCGCCGUGUCAUAUAACAUUAACCUUAGUAUUGCCAUAGUCUCAAUGGUAAAGCAUGAUAAGAAGUUCGUCACUGAACCUACUCAGUUGGUGACCCUUCAGGGUCAAACAGAAAAAGUGACAUGGGACGCUAAUAUAGAAAGCGUAGCAUUAGGUGCUGUGUAUUAUGGUCAAUUGAUAUCCUUCAUACCUGGAGGUCGAAUGGCGGAGCUCUAUGGAGGCAAAAGAAUGAUAAUUAUCUGCACCCUCAUAUCUUCUUUGGCAACGCUCCUACUGCCAAUAACUGCUGUCUGGAGUCCGUAUACCUUUAUAAUAAUGAGAAUACUUGUUGGCGUUGGCACAGGUCCCAUUAUACCCAUUGUGUUUUACAUGUUGAGCAGGUGGAUUCCAGAACAUGAAAGAGGCUUUCAUGCGUCUUUCAUUCUCUCUGGGUAUGGUAUUGGUUCUUUUCUGGCCGUUAUUGUUUCUGGAGCAAUGUGUGGGACCACUUUCCUUGGAGGAUGGCCAUCCGUAUUUUAUAUUGGAGCCUUGUCGGGAUUCCUCUGGUGCUGCCUGUGCGCUUAUUUUAUGUAUGAAACUCCCGAUGUUCAUACUAGAAUAAGUGAAGAAGAAUUCCUCACAAUUGUCUCUGGGACAGCAAUGAACAAGAAAGAAAUGAUAAACACAAUACCUUGGAAAAAAAUGGCUCUCUCCGUUCCGCUCUGGGCGUUGGCUAUCGGAUUUUUUGGUCAAUUCUGGUUACUUGGAUUCUUUUCAACAGUCCACGCUUUGUAUAUGGGCACAGUGCUACGUCUUCCGAUAGCUCAAAAUGGAGUUUUAUCUUGCCUGCCUCAUCUUCUGAGGGCGUUUGCCACGUGUCUAGCCAGCUAUCCAAUUGAUCUUUUAUUGAAGAGACAAGUUGUUAGUGUAGAAUUUGUUAGAAAAGGAGCCACGGUUAUUAAUACAGUUGUGUCCUGCGGGGCAUUUAUCGGCAUCACGUACGUCGGACGUGAUGUCACGGCCACAACAAUACUCUUUAUUCUUGGCGGAGUACUCGGAGAAUUUGUCACUUUUGGCGUCUGCUUAGCAGGCGUUGACAUAGCGCCUAAUCUUUCAGGUACUGUCAGUGGCAUUUUAAACAUAGUGGGUGUGUUUCCAUUUUUCAUCAUACCAGCUUUAGUCGGAUGGAUGACUCAUUUCCAGAACACCAUUGAAGAAUGGCAAAAAGUCUUUUACACAACAGUAGCGAUAGUUUCAAUCUCUACCUUCAUAUUUGUCAUUUUUGGAGAUUUAAAGCCCCAAAGCUGGGGUGUAGCCAGAAGAGAGAAUACUAAGUCAAGGGAGGAGAGGCCAGAAAAUCCUGAUAGAGACACUGAGCCAAAAGCUGUAGAAAAUUUAGCAUAAGAAUACACCAUUUCAUUUUUUACUGUAUUUUAAAGUAUAUAUGUGUAAUAUUUAUAUAUUUAAAGUUUUUGUAAAUAAUCAAAAUGAGCUUUUGUAUAAAAUUGCAUUGAUGUUUUACCAAAUUGUUGUUGUAAA